UAAUUUCCACGUCGUUGACAUCAGUAAAAUGUUACUUUUGGCACUGCUAACAACACAAUUUGUGGCUGCCUUAGCCAAUCCUCGACUCAUCGAACAGCUGCAGCAGCUAGGCCUGAUCAAUUUGCUGGAGCAGAAGGUGCGUCCGAAUGUGCCUCAGAAUUGGACUAGCUACGACUUCAUUGUAGUUGGAGCUGGCGCCGCUGGCUGCACGCUGGCUGCGCGCCUCUCCGAGAAUCCCAACUGGCAGGUAGCGCUCAUCGAGGCAGGCGGUGUGGAGAACCUUGCCCACCUGACGCCUCUGCUGGCCGGAUACCUGCAGGUGACAGCUUCGAAUUGGAAUUAUCUUUCGGAGCCACAGCGUCUCGCCUGUCGCGGCAUGCUCGGCAACCGCUGUGCUCUACCGCGUGGCAAGGUUCUGGGCGGCACCAGCUCCAUUAACUUCAUGAUCUACAAUCGCGGCAAUCGAAGGGACUUUGAUGCCUGGGCUGAGCGGGGCAACCAUGGCUGGAGCUACGAUGAGGUGCUGCCCUACUUCCUGCGCAGUGAAUCCGCUCAGCUGCAGGGCUUGGAGCACUCGCCGUAUCACAACCACAGCGGGCCCCUCAGCGUAGAGGAUGUGCGCUUCCGCAGCGGCUUGGUGCACGCCUUUGUGGCUGCCUCUGUGGAGGCGGGCCAUCCGCACACCGACUACAACGGCCAGUCGCAGCUUGGGGUAUCCUAUGUGCAGAGCAACACCCUCAAUGGACGCCGGCACAGUGCCUACUCUGCCUACAUACAGCCCGUGCGGGACCUGAGGCCCAAUCUGCACAUCUUUCCGUUUACCAGCGUGACACGCGUGCUCAUCGACGAGGAUACUAAGUCAGCGCAGGGUAUUGAACUUGUCUACAAACAGCGCAAAUACACAUUUAGAGCCCGCAAGGAAGUCAUCCUCUCCGCGGGGGCGUUUAACUCACCGCAGCUGCUGAUGCUGUCGGGCAUCGGACCGGAGGACAAUCUGCGAGCUAUCGGAUUGCCCGUAGUACAGGCCCUGCCUGUGGGUAAACGUCUCUACGAUCACAUGUGCCACUUUGGACCCACAUUUGUGACCAACACCACGGGCCAGACUACAUUUCCGUCGCGCAUUACCGUAGCUGAUCUGCUGUCCUUCUAUCUGGCUGGCAAUCCGGCAACGCGUCUUAGCUCAAUUGGGGGCGUCGAGGCGUUGACUUUUCUGAAAUCUCCACGCUCCCGGCUGCCCAGCGACUGGCCUGACCUAGAGCUUAUAUUGGUGGCGGGAAGCCUGGCCAGCGAUGAGGGCACAGCACUCAAACAGGGCGCCAACUUCAAAGAUGAGAUCUAUGACGCGCUCUACAGGCCGCUUCAGCUGGCGGUUCAAGAUCAUUUUACGCUGCUUGUGAUGCAAUUUCAUCCCAAGUCUUUCGGUCGUCUCUGGCUGCACAACAGGGAUCCCUUCACCUGGCCCAGAAUCGAUCCCAACUAUUUCCAAAAUGAAGAGGAUGUAGAGUAUCUACUCGAUGGCAUCAAGGAGGCCAUACGCAUAACCCAGAUGCCAGCACUCCAGGCCGUAGGGGCUAGGCUCUUAGAUCGCCCCGUGCCUGGCUGUGAGGACAAGCCGUUUGGGUCAGACGACUAUUGGCGCUGCUCCAUCCGCACCAUGUCCUACACCCUGCACCACCAGGUGGCCACCUGCCGCAUGGGACCUACUACAGACCCAACUGCCGUGGUCAGCCCAGAGCUGAAGGUGCAUGGCAUGCGCAAGCUACGCGUCGUGGACACCAGUGUCAUUCCUCUGCCACCCACCGCCCACACAAAUGCGGCUGCUUUCAUGAUCGGCGAGAAGGCGGCAGACUUGAUAAGGGCCGAUUGGCUCUGAGCGUCAAGUGUAGCGGUCGAAGCCCUGUCGCUGACGCAACAGAGGGAAGGGCUCCAAGCUUGUUGUUUGCCUCGGCCAAGUUAAUUAAAUGAAAUCGCCUAACAGGAUAACGGGAGGGGAAGAGAGCGGGGGACGGGCAGCAAGCAGAGCCUGGAGCCUGGGGGUUGACCGGCCGCAGAGUGCAUUCACCCAGUCCCAAGUAACGAGGGUUGAAAUACUUUCGUUUCAACUAGGCACAGCCACGAUAUACUUAUCUAACGGGGUGGUUUGCGUGCCGCCAGCCAUGAAAUAGUCAAAACAUGAAAACUGAAACUUGCCAACGGAUGCUGUUGGCUGUACCCAAAGCUCAACAGAGAAAACUCGA